UUCACUUGGGUCACCAGAGUUCUGUCCAGUCAUCAGCAAGAUGCUACUUGUGGAAUUCUCAGUGUGACAUUUGCAUGGACGAUGUUUCAAGAUCUGCUACUUAUCAUUAAGAAUCAAGCAAGAGUAGAAAACAAAGAAAUUCAUCUGAACAAGCUUUCUUUGGGACACUGAGUACUAGCGUCACUGAGCAGCAGAUUGUGUGACGUGAGGAAUAGAGGGUGAGCCCUCCCCACCCCUCAAAGUGGGAUCUGAACACCUCCAGGCUCAACUGGCAGCAGGAGCUGCACCCCAUAGCCAGCAAAGGCAACCAGGUAAAUGGAACUGCAGUAUUUCCACGGAACUAUAACUAAAGACGACUGUGAAAAAUUACUGAGCAAAACAGGAAAAAAUGGGAGCUUUUUAAUACGAAACAGUGAGAGUAUCCCAGGAGUCUUGUGCCUUUGUGUUUUCUAUGAACAGAUUAUCUACACUUACCGAAUCUUCAGGAAACACAAUGGACACUUUAUGAUGCAGACUUCUGAGGGUGCUCCAAAACAGGACUUCAGAACUUUAAAGGAUUUAAUUGCUACUUAUGAGAAACCAAAUCAAGGGCUAGUAAGCAGCCUGCGCUAUCCAGUAACUAGACCCACAACAUCCCAAAGAUCUCAGACCGUCUACGUCACUAAAGGUGAAGCAUAUUUGAUGCCUGAAAAUGAAGAUGCUGAGGAUUAUCUUGAAGUCUUACCUGAGUGAUUGGCUGAGGGACCAUCUCAUGACUUGCUUCAUCUCUCAACACAGACACUAGACUAGAGUGGGUCACACUCUUGCUAACUGGAUAGUCCAUUCAUUUGACUGGAUUUUGUUUUCAUUUGUGCUCUAGAUAGUACUGUCCACAUGGUUAUCUCUUGCUUGCUUGGCUCUUGCUCCAGCAAAAAACCCAACUCUUCCUUUUCCUUUCUGUAUUCAUGUUACCUAUACCUGCCCACUUAAGUGACCACUUCAUAGACCUGAUGAAAUGGAAACUGAGCUGCAAAAGCUUAUGCCACUAUAAAAGCUGCAGUGCUUAAGGUGUUUCCAUUUUAAGAGAAGCAAGUUAAAUAGCAUUCCGUA